UUUUUUUAUAAUAUAUACUAAAUAAUAUUUUGACAAUUUUUCAUUCUAUUAACCAUCUUGGCUGCACUUUUAUUUUUUUAAAAAAAAGGGGAAAAGAAAAAAAGAAAAAUAGUGUACACGCGCACUCUCAUUUUUUUUAAAAAAAUCUUGUGCGCUAUAUCUCGUAGAGAUCCCAAUAAUUUUUCUUUCACUCCUCUCUCUCUCCCUCUCUUAUUCAUUUUUUAUUUCUUGUUCAUUUAUCCAUCCACUUCAUUUUCUACAUUCCAUUAUCUUUUUUAUAGUGUGUGAAACAAUCUAUAUCAAUCCAAAAUAAAAAAGACUACCAUUAUUUUUUUACCAUGUUUGACGGACCUCGGCCUUCUCAGUACAUAGCCAAACCAGACUGUGACAGUGCAAACUACACAACCACCGAAUCCGGGAGCGUACACUAUCGAGAUGCUACCUUAACCCAACGCACAGACAAUGGGAUUCCCAGAAGUGGUAACGUCGGUGGUGGUGGCGGUGGCAGUGGCAGCUCCAAACCACAACAAUUAAGCGGCUUCCCCUCUACAAACAUAUCUGGAAAUCACUCGUAUGUCAGUAGUGGUCCUCAGCCGUACCCUACAAACAAUCAACAUAUGCCUAUGGUCGCUGCUGGCCCCGUCCGCUUCCCUGUACCCCCUCCAUUGCCUCUGCAAUCGGGAGUAGCGCCAGCUAUGGGUAAUACUUUAUAUGGACCGGGUGCUGGACAGUAUUCGUCCGGUAUAGAUUCUAGUGUGUAUCCUGAAAAUAUGUCUAUGGCUCAGCAGCAGCAGGCUAAUUCGGCUCAGCAGCACCAGAAUGCCUACGGAAAUAUGUCGGCUGGAGUACCCCCUGCACAGCAGCAGCAGAAACUGCAGGAAAUGCAGCAGGUAUUGCCCGGUCAACAAACGCAGCAGACCCAGCAGCAGAUGGCGCCUCCGCCAAUGGCUUAUAGCAUGUCGGCACCUCGGGCUGGACAAGAACAGGUGGAACAGCUAGGAGGACAAGCGUACAACUUUCAUAGCGGAAUGAGUGAUGCUACCAGCGUGUAUAACGUCAAUGCCCACAAAAAUAACAUUAGUGGUACGCCGCCGGGAAUUAACAACAUGAGUCAAAUCCUACAGUCUGCCACUCCCAACCCUCAGUACUACGGUAGGCCCACGAGUGUUGGACCUGAGUUUGCUGCACAACUCAAUAACAGCAACUACCAGCAGCAGCAAAGAUACACCACAGUGGGCAGCGUUAUUGGCAAUCCCGCAACAGCAGGAGGCUUCAAUGCCCCCACUUAUCUUUCCUCCCCUACAAUGUACAAUCAGCAAAGCCGCACACAGCCGCCACCACCAGCCUCCAUGGUGGGAGGACCCAUAUCAUACCAGCAGCACCACCAGCAGCAGCAGUACCCGCCGUAUGUGCCAUCAAUGAUUGGCGAUGACAACAGCGGUGGUAGUCGGAUGAACAAGGCCGGCAAGUACGCUCUUGGUGCCCUGGCAGCCGGUGCCGUGGCCUAUGGCGUGCAUGAGUUUAUGGACGGCGGGUUGUCCGAAGAUGACAAGAAGCCGAAUCGUAAGCGCAUGGAGGAAAAGGAGAAAGUGAGGCGCGAGCAGGAAGCAAGAAUGAGACGCGAGGAUGAAGAGAGAAAGCGCCGGGAGGAUCAUGAAAAAUGGCGCCGCAAUGAGGAAGAAAAGAGGCGUCAGGAUCUGGUCUUUCAGUCACAACAGUUCCCAUCUCAGCAUCAGCCGCAAACUUUCCAAUCGCAGCAAUUCCAUUCGCAGCAGUACCAUAACCAGCCACCUGAAAGCAUCACAAGCAGCAGCCACAGCCACAUGGACGACAGCAUUUUCCACCCACCGGCGCCCUUUGGGCAUGCGCCCUACACCUAUAACCAAAAAGACGUGCGCAACCCUGACCCCUCCCGCAGCUCAGAAAACUCUGCAACACCCGAAACCUACCCAGAGCUCCGCCAAAACCCCAGCGACACAAAAAUCAAGAUCGGCACCGUCCUGUCGCUGAAGCACAUCUUGACCGGUCGGUUCCUGCACUCCGACCGCUCGCACAGUACGCAGUCUGGGUCCAACCAGCAGCUGGUGUACGCCAAUAAGUGGACGACGGGCGAGGCUGACUGGUGGCAGGUUGUGCCAGCCAACGGGGAUGUGCCUGUCCCUGGAUCCAUCGUUGCGUACGGUACGCAGAUUCGCCUGAGGCAUGUGGAUACAGGAAGGCAUUUGCAUUCGCACUAUGGCUUUGUUGACCCAUUGACGGGUCAGAAUGAAGUCACUUGUUUUGGCGACCAGACUUUGUCCGAUGAAAACGACCAUUGGGUGCUGGAGCGCUGGGGUGAUGGCGCCUAUGGCUCAACUGUUAGUCCACGGAUACCCUGCGGGAUGACAUUGCACUCUCAUGAUGUGCUGCUGCAUGAGGACGUGCAGUCGGUCACUUGCUUUGGGUCUGGGAGAGACGACAAUAACAAGUGGCGUAUUGUGCUGGAAUCCUUGUAA